AUGGUGUUUAGUCAAUGUUUGUGCAAUUCUGCUCUUAAUAUAUUUAAAGUAAGCUCUCUUUUUGUAUUUAAAGCUGUCUUUUGGGGAGAUAUUGCCUUAGAUGAUGAAGACUUAAAAAUGUUUCAUAUUGACAGAACAAUUGAUCUUACGCAACAUUCAAAUGAAAGACUUGGACAUAAUACAGGUGGUUUUGGAGAGCGUGCAGUGUCAAAAAAAAGCGAUGCCCUGUUUCAGCUUAUAGACAGCAUAAGAAGAUUUGGCUCAGGUUUUCAGCAAAAUAAUAUAACAAAGGGAAGAGCUCUAACAUUCUCAGGGAGCUAUGAGAAGAAACGGUUUCCACGAGCAGCUACAUCACGCACAGAACGGAUAUGGCCUGGGGGUGUCAUUCCAUAUGUUAUAGGUGGAAAUUUUACUGGCAGUCAACGAGCAAUGUUCAAGCAGGCAAUGCGGCAUUGGGAAAAAUAUACCUGUGUUACAUUCAUUGAGCGAAGUGACGAAGAAAGUUACAUUGUGUUUACAUACAGGCCUUGUGGGUGCUGUUCUUAUGUAGGCCGAAGGGGUAAUGGCCCUCAGGCAAUUUCUAUUGGCAAGAACUGUGAUAAAUUUGGAAUUGUUGUUCAUGAGCUGGGACAUGUGAUAGGAUUUUGGCAUGAACACACAAGACCAGACAGAGAUGAUCAUGUAACCAUCAUCAGAGAAAACAUCCAGCCAGGUCAGGAGUACAACUUUUUGAAGAUGGAGCCUGGAGAAGUGAAUUCUCUGGGGGAGCCAUAUGAUUUUGAUAGCAUUAUGCACUAUGCCAGGAACACCUUCUCAAGGGGCAUGUUUCUGGACACCAUCCUUCCUUCCCGUGAUGAUAAUGGAAUCCGACCAGCCAUUGGUCAGCGCACGAGAUUAAGUAAAGGAGAUAUUGCACAAGCAAGAAAGCUGUACAGAUGUCCAGCGUGUGGAGAAACACUGCAAGAGUCUACAGGCAACUUCUCCUCUCCCGGGUUUCCAAAUGGCUACCCUUCGUACACACACUGCAUAUGGAGAAUUUCAGUGACGCCUGGAGAGAAGAUUGUUUUAAACUUCACUACAAUGGACCUCUAUAAGAGCAGCCUCUGCUGGUAUGACUAUAUUGAAGUAAGAGAUGGCUACUGGAAAAAAUCACCUCUGCUUGGCAGAUUCUGCGGUGACAAGCUCCCAGAUGUCCUCACCUCCAGUGACAGCAGAAUGUGGAUAGAGUUCCGUGGCAGCAGUACCUGGGUAGGAAAAGGAUUUUCAGCCACUUACGAAGCAAUUUGUGGAGGUGAAAUACACAAGAAUGAAGGCCAGAUCCAGUCUCCUAAUUAUCCUGAUGACUACAGACCAAUGAAGGAAUGUGUGUGGAAAAUAACAGUGUCAGAGAACUACAAUGUCGGAUUAACCUUUCAGGCAUUUGAGAUUGAGAGACAUGACAACUGUGCCUAUGAUUACUUAGAAGUCCGAGAUGGAACCAGUGAAAGCAGUCCUUUGAUUGGCCAUUUUUGUGGCUAUGAUAAACCUGAAGACAUCAGAUCUACCUCUAAUACCCUGUGGAUGAAGUUUGUUUCUGAUGGAACAGUCAACAAAGCAGGGUUUGCUGCUAACUUUUUUAAAGAGGAAGAUGAAUGUGCCAAACCUGACAAUGGUGGAUGUGAACAACGGUGUGUGAAUACACUGGGCAGCUAUCAGUGUGCUUGUGAUCCAGGUUAUGAGCUUGGGCCUGACAAGAAGAGUUGUGAAGCGGCUUGUGGAGGACUUUUGACAAAGUUGAAUGGGACUAUAACAACACCAGGAUGGCCCAAAGAAUAUCCUCCUAAUAAAAACUGUGUGUGGCAGGUGGUUGCUCCCACCCAAUAUAGAAUCUCAGUGAAGUUUGAGUUUUUUGAAUUGGAAGGAAAUGAAGUGUGUAAAUAUGAUUAUGUAGAAAUCCGUAGUGGCCUUUCUUCUGAUUCCAAACUGCAUGGCAAAUUUUGUGGUACAGAAGUGCCUGAAGUUAUCACAUCACAAUAUAACAACAUGAGAAUCGAGUUCAGGUCGGAUAACACAGUCUCAAAAAAGGGUUUCAAGGCUCACUUCUUUUCAGACAAGAGAGCUGCCUGCAAGGAGAAAAUUUUUGUUUUUGAAUCAUGCAAGGACUUGAUAGAGGUUGCCCCUUCAGGCCAAGUACGUAUAAUUCACAGACUGGCCUCUGAGGGUCUCAGAGAUAAGGAUGAAUGUUCUAAAGACAAUGGUGGCUGCCAGCAUGAAUGCAUCAACACUGUAGGAAGCUAUGUAUGUCAAUGUCGCAAUGGAUUUGUGCUACAUGAAAACAAACACGACUGCAAGGAAGCCGAGUGUGAACAAAAGAUCCAUAGUCCCAAUGGAAUUAUCACAAGCCCUAACUGGCCUGACAAAUAUCCGAGCAGGAAGGAAUGCACAUGGGAAAUCAGCGCAACUCCUGGUCACAGAAUCAAAAUAGUUUUUAAUGAGUUUGAAAUUGAGCAACAUCAAGAAUGUGCCUACGACCAUUUGGAAGUUUUUGAUGGGGAAACGGAGAAGUCACCAAUUCUUGGACGUUUGUGUGGAAGUAAGAUACCAGAUCCUCUUGUCGCUACUGGAAAUAAGAUGUUCCUUAGGUUUGUCUCUGAUGCAUCAGUACAGAGAAAAGGCUUUCAAGCUACUCACACUACAGAGUGUGGUGGUCGUCUGAAAGCUGAGAGCAAAGCAAGAGAUCUCUACUCUCAUGCUCAGUUUGGUGACAACAACUAUCCAGUUCAAGCGGAUUGUGAAUGGCUAAUAGUAUCAGACCGUGGUUACCGAAUAGAGUUAACUUUUCAGACUUUUGAGGUGGAGGAAGAAGCAGACUGUGGUUAUGACUACCUAGAGCUCUUUGACGGUCAUGAUACAACUUCUCUGAGGCUUGGUCGGUUUUGUGGAUCAGGGCCGCAAGAAGAGAUUUAUUCGGCAGGUGAUUCUAUUUUACUUCAUUUUCACACGGAUGAUACAAUCAACAAGAAAGGAUUCCAUAUACGAUACAAAAGCAUAAAACAUCAAGACAGUGUUCACACCAAAAAAUAACAGAAGAUCCCUUAGGCCACAGAAUGAGACAGAAAGAGUGACUGUUGCGGAGAGAGGGGGGAAUGGGUUUUGUUUUGUGUUGUUGUUUUUUAAUAAAAAGACUGACAUUCUUAGUAAACAAACAUUUUUACACCAUGCGUCCAAACUGAAGGAAACCUGAAACAUCUCACUGCUAAAUAUAUUCCUAUUCUAGAGGAACAGACAUUAUAGCGAUGACGUGUGGUCUCAGGCGUGGCUGUCUCUGCAAAGCCAGUGGAGGGGCGCUGCAUGCUUCCAGGGAGACUAUAAGAGCUUUGCUCACAGCUUGACAAAUGUCAUAGUUGCCUGCAUACUCAACCAGUUAAGAACCAGGGAAAGUGACCCUGCAGACUCUUGACAAGUGACUGGUGUUCAGGAGGGGGGGAUGGGAAAUGCCUACCUUCUGCAGGUCAUGCACUCAAAAACAAACAAACGCUGUCCUUAUAUUUUUCUUAUUUUAAUUGCUUUGGUGAUAUAUCCAAGAUACAGUGAAUGCAAAGAAAAGUCAGGGGGGAAAGGGGGAGGGGGAUCUUCUGAGAUUAUUAUGCACUCAUAAUUCAUCUGUCCCACCAACGCAUUAAUGUAAUGAAAACUGGAAAACUACAUCUGCGAAAUCGUUGAAACUUUAGAGAGUUGAUCAUAGCAACAUAUUGGAAUGUCUGAAGCGUUAUACAUUCAUCAUCAUUAUGGGAACAUCCAGACUUUGGACGUUGUCAUUUACUGAGGACAUUGAGUUUAUUAUUGCUGAAGGACUCCAUACCUGCUGACCUCUUAAAUUUUACACUAAGUACUCAUGAGAACGAGUCUUUUACAAGCCUGCUGUGGACCUUUAUUCAAUAAACAACAGAAGUAACCAGGGCCGGGAUAAUCCAAAACACCAGUUAAUGGAUUUCGUUUCAGUCAUAAUGAGCUGCUACUCAGCAUUUCCUUGAAAAUGUUUGUGAAUGGUUUCAUUUUAUUUUUUAAUUUUAAACCAGUCAAAAAUGAAUAUUAAAAAGUUGGUUUCCAAAAAUGUAUUUCUCAGCAAUUGGGGACAAAGGGGGUGGGUGGGUGUUUUCUGGAAAUAAGACUUUUGUGAUGGCAAAGAUAAUUUCUAUGGUGCUAUUCCAUGAACAUAUUAUUAUUUUAAAAAAAACCACAACGCAAGAUGUUUUAGAUCUUUUGAGCCAACAAUCUGCAGAUCAUGAAUGUCUCACUAUGCCUGGCUGCAUCUUAAGAAGAACAGACUUUCUAAGCAUGUGAAAAAGAUAAUUGCAAUGGCAGCACUAGCCCUGUGGAACAACUACUACUAUUGCCUUAGAAUUCUUGCACAUGAUCAUACAGAUCUUUCUGUAGAUACAUCCAAUUUGAUAAAGAACUUGACAAUUUGAACAUUUCAUGUGUGUGUUCACAAAAGUGAUCCACGAGCAAAUUCCCAUCUGCAGAGCAAGAUCAUCAGUUGUAAAUACAGUGGACUUCCUAUUGAUGUAGAAAUAAGUACUUUUAGGAGAAACUAUUGUAUGUGCUUUAGGCCAUACAUGGCUUUAGUCACAAUGUAUAUGCAUCAUGUAAGUAUGUAUGAAUGAGUGCUUUAAAAAGAGUGAGAUGUGUUGUGUACGGAUGGACAGGUAAAUUGUAUUUCAUGUGCCAAGUUCUACCAGAAUUCGGAUUGACUGUAGCAACUUCCUUUAAAGGUUUCAUAAGCAGGACUUCAAUAAAGAAUCCAAGAGCUAUUGAAAUGUUAUGUUUCAUUUAAAAGAACUAUUUUGGUAUUAUUUGAUGCUGGUUGCUACACCAUUUAGUUUUUGUUUCCUUACCACAAUCAUACACUGGCAUUAAUAAAUGUGUUGUUGUUGUUUUUUUAAAAAAAUAAUAUUAAAAUAAAACUAAGCAUGUGCA